AUGGAGGACGAUAUCGAUCAGAGCCAUGAGCAUUGUGCUGGCGGGCUCAUGAUGUUUGCCUACUUCAAAGAUGGAUCGUCGGACAAUAAUUCGAGCGCGAUCUUAAACAAAGAUAACGUCCCCCACAGUGCUAUCUCCUGUGAAAUUCUUCAUCCAAAUGAACAGCCUGUUCCGUCGAUUCUCAGAUUUGACUGUGCAUCUUCUUCCCAUUCUUCAAUCAAUUAUCUUCAAUUCUCGGACCAUCCCCGCAUUGCUUCAAACACCCAAAAGGCGUAUCAUCAGAUGAUGAAGAUGGAAGAGAAUAAUCUCCUGACUGGAGGAGAUGAGCAUUGCAAUUCCUUUGAAGAAGAACAGUCUCCAAGCCUUUCAUGGUACUGUCCUGAGCCACGGAUUUGA